UUAGCAUGACAAUGGAAUACUACAAGACAAAUCUAUAAUCUAUCAAGUUUGUCGUGACCGGCUAGCAGAGCUUGAACUGUAUAUCUCUACCGUCUCCAGGCCUAGCAGGCUCGCCUUGUUCUUCUGGCUCUGGCUCUGGCUCUAUAAAAGAGGAGGUUCUGCACCCGGCAGUCUCCCCCUUCCCUUUGCAACCUGGAUCAAUAUCUUGAUUGCUCACUAGCUAUGGCCGGAAGCGGGAGUGGCGGGAGCUCGCCGUGCGCGUCGUGCAAGCUGCUGCGGCGGCGGUGCACGCAGGAGUGCGUGUUCGCGCCCUACUUCCCUCCUGAGGACCCCCAUAAGUUCGCCAUCGUCCACAAGGUCUUCGGCGCCAGUAAUGUCAGCAAGAUGCUGCAGGAGCUGCCUGCCCAGCAGAGAGCGGACGCGGUGAGCAGCCUGGUGUACGAGGCCAACGCGCGCAUGAGGGACCCCGUCUAUGGCUGCGUCGGCGCCAUCUCCUACCUCCAGCAGCAGGUCUCCCAGCUCCAGGUGCAGCUCGCCCUCGCGCAGGCCGAGAUCCUCUGCGUCCAGAUGCACCACGACAGCCAUGCACAGUCACCUGCUGCCGCGCCAGCAUCGGCGAAGCAACAACUUGAGCAGCAGCAACAGAUGGAUGCCGAGGCUUAUGGUAGCCUGCUCAUGCAAAAUGGCCUCAUGAACAGCACUGCCGCUCAUCAUCAUCAUCAUCAGCAGCAGCAGCAGUUGUUGGGUGCCGGGGGAAGCACUGCAACUGCAAUGAUGCUGCAGGAGGCGUGCUUCAAGAAAGAGACAAAGAGUCCCUAUGGGCAUGAAAUUUGUACUUCCAUUUGUCGAUAA